AUAAGUGAUAAAAACGAUGGUGAAAGCUGCUCACAAGACUUGUUCAUGUGAUAUGGAUUAGAGCUCACGGGACAGACACAGCCCUGAUGCUACUGCUGUUGUGAAGGUUUACAAAAAGCUCUAGAACAUCUUGGUUUCUGAAGGUAUGAAGUGACUCAACAACUGAGCAACAUCAACUGUGUAACCAGCUCCCCUUAACUGACCCAAAGAUGGUGCACGUCUACAACUGUCACCCCUUUUCCUCACAGCAGAUUGUCCAGGUGGAGCAGGAGCCUGGACUGGUCUGUUGUGGAGGUGGGGCUCUGUUUGUAGUAGCGACCGGAGGAUGCAAGGUUGAUGCCUACAAUCUGGAGCAGGAAAACUGUCCUCUCAUCUGUCGCUUCGCUACGAUGGGAACAGUGAAGAGCAUCCGCUACAGCAGCACAGGGGAUUAUCUGGUGACCAUAGAAGAAAAGAACUCUGCCACCUACCUCAGAGCAUACACUAAUUGGCGCUACCAGGCGGAGGAGAAGGCACGUGUGGGGGUGCGCUUGUUGGGGCACCUGUUGCGUGGUGCGUCCCAGAGGGGUGGAGUCCAGAUGGAGAUAAUCGAGAUCCCCAUGUCCGAGCGCCCGGUGGCUGUGGCUUGUUGCUUGGUAACGGGGGACCUGCUCGUCGCCUGUGAGAACACCCUGGUCCUGUUUAAUUUGAAAAGGCAAAACCAACAAAGCCAACAAAACAUGGGUCCAAAUCCACAGAACUCACAGAAUACAACUCAGAGCAACCAGCAAACCUCCAGCCAGAGCCAAGGAAGUGUUGCUGCUCUGGACUUUGACCGCUCUGUGAUCCUGCAUCUUUCUGCAAUUAAAACAAAAAAGGUGGCGCUGUGUGCAGGUUACAUUGCUCUGCAGUCUGAGCUGGAGGUGCUGGUGCUUAAACUGGAAGCAUCUAAUGAGCCCACGCCAUCUGAGGAAACUCCAGACCAAGUCAAAUAUGAUGACCCUGAGGAGCAGACGGACUUCUUUGUUUUGCCGAGACACCAGGAGUUACUGGGAGACCGAGCUCAGAACUGUGAGAUUCCCGUCACUGUAGAGAGAACCGGGCUGGAGGACAGAGGACAGUACACCGUGUCUUAUGUCCUCUUUAGACGUUUCACUCCCGAGUUCUUUCAGGGCUGUAAUGUGGAGGAAACCCAGAUCCACUCACUGCAGCUGCACCCGCUGUUUAUCAGAAACCAGGCGUUGUCAGCGGAGGAGCCGGCCUGUGUGUUCUGUUUCUUCUCUCUGCCUAACGCUGGAUACAUGUACAGUCUGAAGGGAGGCGUGGAGCUGCUGUCCGCGUACCAGUAUCCAGAGAAAGUCCUGGAAGCCGUCCUCACCGACCACCUCCUGCACGUCGUCACCAGGAGCGCUUUGCAGUGUUUUACCGUUCGAUGUGCAGCGCUGGCCGCUCGGGUUGAGGACCCCUACAUCGAUACCACCAUGAAGGCGUGUCCCCCUUGUGGCCUGGAGGUGUGCGCGCUCCGGAUGCAGUCGUUCAUCGGCCUCAGAUCCGUGUGCGUUUACGGCGGCCAUGUUGUCCUCUUCUCCAGAGUCGACCCGGAAACUCAAGAGGAGCCUGAACGCACCCCCCAGCGCAGAGGCCUUGAGUUGAAAGAGCACACCACGCUGGCUGGUAUUUUCAUGGCAGUGGGAAUUGACCCCACAACCUCCCCAGCCCUGGAGAGCCUCCUGUCACGCCCCCUUUUGACCAGGAAGUGGGCCGUGUCUACGCCCAAAGAGCCCAGUGCUGUCGGACACGGCUGGAACAUCUAUGUGGUCAACACUGUGCCCCCCCUCACGCUGUAUCAGGAGAUGGUUGAAUACAGCCAGAGCUACUCAGAAGCCAACCCCCAGGCCCAGAGCCUCCGACACCUGCUGAGUGAAGCCCACCUGCUGCUGCGGGCGUCUCUGCUCACCUGCGCUCACCUGGAGAGAGGGGAGGGGGCGGAGCUGCAGACGGGGGAGAGGGCGGAGCUAGAGGCAGCGCUCCGGGAGAACUGCGCUCACCUGGGAGAUUGUUUCAGCAGGGGGAAUCAGAAGGACUGCCACCUGGCCCUGCCCUACUACAGGAUGUCCGGUUUGUCCAUCCCGGAGGUCAUGGCCCGAAACCAGCCGCGCCCGAGCAGCCCGCGCUCCUACGGCCCCGGGUUCCUCUUCUACCUCAAGCACUACCUCCUGGAGGAGACGCAGCAGACCCUCGACCAGGAAGCUGCGGAUGAGGUCAUAGACAUCUUCAGCCAAUCGGAGCCCUCGCAGCUGGUGGGCGUGUGCUCCAGCCCCAUCAUGGUCCACGUCAGCCCGGCCCGGACCCUGGCGAUCCUCGGGCACCUGGAGGACAGCGUGGGCGUUUCGGUCACCCUCACCAUCGCCAUGGCGACGUUAGCGCUGCGACUGGACGACAGGGCGCAGUACAGGCAGCUGAUGGACAGGCACUCCGAGAUGCUUCUCGUGUACGGGUUCAUAGAGGAGCCGCUGCUGCUGUUACACGGAGCCGGAGGGGCCCAGAACGCACUGGUCCGACCCACAGCCCUGGCCUCGGAGCUGGGUCGCUCUCAGCCCGGGCUCCUGGUGGCAGCUCUGGUGGCUCUGCACGAGAACAGCAAACUCAAACUGGAGCAGGCCGACCAUGUGUUUAAGGAGCUGGGCUGUGAGAGCUGUCUGCAGGUGGACUUCUGGGAGGGGAUGCUGAUGGCGUCUUCGCAGGAGCCGGUGAUCCAGGAGCUUCUGUUCAGAGUGGCCUCCGUCUACAUCGACAGACUCACUCGCACCAACCCCGACCCCAGACUGUCCCACUCCGGCCUGGGCAAACGGUCCCUGAAGAGUGCCGACGAUCUGAUCGGGUCCUGUUCACACUACGGGGCGCUGUAUCCCUGGCUCACUGUCCUCUGCCCCAUUCACAUUACCAAUUCUCAACACCAGGAGGCGCUGCAAAAACUUCAGUCUCUCCUGUGCGGCCCGUCUCUCUCCAUCCCGUCCGUCGUCCCUCUCCUGGAGCAGAUCUCAGAGGAAACGCUGUGGGGCUUCAGCCUGCACCUGCUCUGCGCCACCAGGAGGGGGCACUACAACAGCAGCAUCGAGAAGCUGCUGGAUCACUGUCCUCAAGCCAUAAUCGCCUACGCCAACCACCACCUGCAAGACAGACACAUGGCUUUGUGGUGGCAGAAACUAUUACCAGAGCUAUGUAACCGAACCAGAGCGGCCACGGACAACAGCAUCCUAUUGGCUGCUCUACAAGAGACGCUGGUGGUGGUUUCUAUGGAGACGAGCCCGACGGAGUUCCUCGAGCUGAUCCCGGACGACGGCACCGCGGCGUAUUUUGUUCCGCACCUUCUCACCUGCAGCCAGAGGCACCUCACCGCCUGAAAUACACCUGCAGCUAGAGGACCCUGAACACACCUCCACCUAGAAUCCUUUCACCUGAAUGGACCUGCAGCUAGAGGCCCCUAAACGCAACCCCACCCAGAGUCACCUGUACACGCCCGCAGCAAGAAGCUUCUCACCUGAGCACACCUGCAGCCACAGACACCUUCCAGCCUGAACUCACCUGUAGCUAAAGGAUCCUGAACACAACUGCAUCCAGAGGCACCUGUACACGCCUGCGGCUACAAGUCUCUCACCUGAGCACAUUCGCAGCCGCAGACACCUUCCCGUCCGAACCCGCCCGCACCCCGAUGCGCCUCACUGCUUGAACUCACCUGUAGCUAAAGGACCCUGAACACGGCUCCACCUAGAAGCCUCAAAUCUGAGCACCCCUGCACUGAGAGGCCCCAUAAAAACGACUGCAGCUAAAGGAACCUCAUCUGCAGCUAGAGGCCCUUAAACACACCUGCAUCUAGAGGCACCUCACUGUCUAAAAUACACCUGCAACCAGAGGACCCUGAGCACACCUGCACACAGAGGCCCCAUGAAAACAGCUGCAGCUAGAGGAACGCCAUUGCCUGAGCUCACCUGCAGCUAGAGAUCCCCCGAAUACAACCACAUCCUGAGGCACCUGUACACGCCUGCAGCUAGAAACCUCUCACCUGAACACACCUGCACACAGAGGCCCCAUGAAAACAGCUGCAGCUAGAGGAACCUCACUGCCUGAGCUCACCUGCAGAUAGAAGCCGCUGAACACACCUCCACCUUGAAGCCUCUCACCUGAGCUCACCUGCAGUGACCUCGCCCGUCGUUAUACACACACACAAAUGUAUAUAAAGGUUUUUAGUGUGUUUAUUCAACUUUUUAUUUUACUUUACGUCUGUGUUCAAGGUCAAAUGCAUCUGCUGUUUUGAAGAUUGUGAGAUUUGUUGUGAAACUGUAUUUAUUUGUGUUCAAGGUAGCGGUGGAUAACAGUGUUAAAACAUUAGCAAGUUAGCAAACGUGCUACUGAAUGAGCCACGAUCAGUAGUUGAGUAUCAAACAGCGUCCUGGUGAUGGCAGACGGACCAAGAAGCAUCGAGAUGUUUGUGGUGGGUCUGUGGAGGCCAUUUUAGACACAAAGAUGAACCUUUGGAGCUCUGAAGUGAUUAUCUUGUCACUCUUCACAUUUGGCUUCUUAUCGUCCAAGGCAAGUUUAUUUGUACAGCGCAAUUUGUACACGAAGUGAUUUAAAGUGCUUUACAGAAUAAGAAAGACUUUACAAUCACAAUGCAACAAAUACAGAGAUAAUCAUCAUAAAAUAAACAUUAAAAGAGAAAAGUGCAGAAUAAAACCCUUUGAGUCACAUGCACAGAUAAACAGAACAGUUUUGAGUCUGGAUUUAAACAUUGUCAAAGUCGAGGUCUGAGUCACAUUUUCAGGAAGAAUGUCCCAGGUUUUAACUGCACAAAACUGAAACACUGAUUCAACAUGUUUAGACCGGGUUUAGUCCUGGUUUAGUCCUGGUUUAGUCCUGGUUUAGUCCUGGUUUAGUCCUGGUUUAGUCCUGGUUCAGUCCUGGUUCAGUCCAUGUUUAGUCCUGCUUUAGUCCUGGUUUAAUCCUGGUUUAAUCCUGGUUUAAUUCUGGUUUAGUCCUGGUUUAAUCCUGCUUUAGUCCUGGCUUGGUUCUGCUUUAGUCCUGGUUUAGUCCUGGUUCAGUCCAUGUUUAAUCUUGCUUUAGUCCUGACUUGUUUCUGCUUUAGUCCUGGUUUAAUCCUGGUUUAGUCCCAGUUUAGUCCUGAUUUAAUCCUGGUUUAGUCCCAGUUUAGUCCCGGUUUAGUCCCGGUUUAGUCCCGGUUUAGUCCCGGUUUAGUCCUGGUUUAGUCCUGGUUUAGUCCUGGUUUAGUUCUCGAUGUCCAACAUAAUUCCAGCCUCAUUCAGUAAAAUGACAUUUUGUCUGUUUUAAACUCAAACUGAACUAAAAGUUUUGGUUUUAUCACUUAAAACUAAAACCUAAACCUUGGUCUAAAAUGAGACUAAAGCACAUACGGUAGGUUUAAAUAAUGAUUCAACAAGGACGAAACAUUUAUAGAUUUGUCUCUAAAUAAAACUACUAACUCAGCCUGUCACAAUAACAUGUUUUGAGGUUCGAUAUCUUGCUGAAUUUGCUGAUUUAAACCACAAAAACGAUUCUAAAGGUACGAUUUAGUAAAAAAACAACAACCAUAAGCUGCAUUAAAUAAACAGCAGAAUAAAACACUUUAGUUGUUAGUUUGCAUCUGUAAAGUGAUUAAUUGAAACUUUUACAGCUUCAAUCUUAACAUAAAACCAACAAAUAAACAAAAAUGUCCCAGUUGUGCAAAGAAAAUUCCACAUGAUAAACACUGACCCCCAAAAAACAUUGUUCCAUUUAACAUAUUGAAUGAUUUAGUGAUUCUCAACCUUUUAACAUGCACAUUUUUAGACAAAUUAUCAUCUUUUUUUAUCCAUUAUCCAGCCCUAAAAAUAAAAAAACACUAACAAACAGUACAUGGUUUAUUAAAUUAUUGUUUCAGUUGUUGUGUCUAUGGAACCGGAACUUUCUCACACUUUAACAGGUCCAUUGUGUUUGAGGUUUGUCGUCUUAAACAUUUCAUUUCGCCGCAUCAUUAGACAGAGUGUACGUUAUGUAACUGUGUCUUACACGAUCAGCUGCUCAUUCAAAACAUAUGACUCAUUUCGGAGUUAAGCAUGCCCUACUUCUUCAUUUUUAAGCGUACCCUACUUCUUCCGUUUUAAGCGUACCAUACUUCUUCAGAGUUAAGCGUACCCUACUUCUUCGGACUUAAGUGUACCAAAAAAACACUGUUUCCGUCUCCGUCUAGGAAAUGAGUCAGAAAAUUGAAGGUGCAGCUACCGGUAAUAUUAAUCUGAAUGGACUAAUUAAGUGUAAGUGUGACGAGUAAACUUUAUAUCCUUAAUGAGGUCAGUCGUAGUUGAGUCACGCCUGUCGCUAAUCCCAAAGAAUCCACCCUGAGGCAAAGGUUCAGCCUAUUUAAGCUUUAAGAUCUAUUAAUAAAACCAUUCAAAAGGCUCUCAGUCCUUUGGUUUAAGUUUGGAUUUACGCAGCAAAUAAAGA